AUGGCUAUAUUAUCUUCUCAUAUUGUAUUAAUUAAUCAUAAAGGUGAAUUGAGUACAGAAUUACAAAAUUUAAUUGGUAUGAGUUUCUAUGCAAAAUUACAGCUUAAAGAUGCACCAUUAAAACCAAAAUUAUUAUUUAUUCUUCGUGAUCAAAUUGAUUUAUCUAAUAAGAAGAUAUUUUUUGCACAAUUAGCACAAUUAAAACAAAAUUUAAAUAAUGAUUCACAAUUUUUACAAAUCUCAAGUGAAGAUGAACUUAAUAUAUCAAAUGAUGAUGUUAUACCAUUGUCGAAUGCUUUCUCAAAUGAUAUUAAUCCAGUGUUUGGUGGUGAAGUACAAAAAUGGAGAAAUAAAUCAUUUCCAGUUCAAAUUCAAGAAUUGCGUAAGAUUAUAUUUAGAUUUCUUUCUACAAAUGCUAACUUAUCUGUAUACGAAGACUUCGAUCAAGUCUAUACGAAAUUAACAAAUUAUUGGACAACUAUUGAUAAAUUAG